AGACCUGAGUUAUAACAAUUUAAUGGUGAUACAAAGAAAACUUUUCAGAGGAGCUGGUGCAAUAAAAAAUCUACAAAUGGACCAUAAUCAAAUUUCAUGUUUCCAUAAUGGAGCUUUCAGACCUUUGAGAAACUUGGAAAUAUUAACCCUGAAUAAUAACAAUAUUACAACAUUGGAGACCAAUGCAUUCUUACAAAUGAACAGACUCACCACACUGAGAAUGGCAUAUAAUGAUUUUUCAUGCGACUGCCACUUAUCGUGGGUUGGACGAUUUUUACGAAUGCACCCGACUUUAGCGUUGUUCACUAGAUGUCAGGAACCGAGGAGUUUAAAAUAUGUGAAAGUGGCCGAACUGCAAGACGUAGAUUUCAAAUGCAAUGGUUUGGAGAAAGAUCAUGCUACACUUUGUAAGAUAGAACCUUUAUGUCCAGCCAAGUGUUCAUGCCUUGGUGGUGUAGUAGAUUGUAGAGGGAAAGGUCUCACACAAGUACCGGAAAUAUUUCCUGAGAACACCAUAGAACUGAGACUGGAACAGAACCAGAUUGUAAGAAUCGAAUCAAGAUCAUUUAAUACUUACAAAAAGUUGAGAAGAAUAGACCUGAGUAAUAAUUUGAUAUCUAGUUUGGCUGAUGAUGCAUUUAGUGGACUAAAAGCAUUGAACUCACUGGUACUGUAUGGUAAUAAGAUUUCCGAACUUCCCGCUGGAUUAUUAAAAGGACUGACAUCGUUGCAGUUAUUACUGUUAAACGCUAAUAAGAUAACGUGUUUACGAGUGGAUACAUUUCGUGAUCUCUCUGCUCUCAAUCUUCUGUCAUUAUAUGACAAUGAUAUCAAGUCUAUUGCGAACGGAACUUUUAUGCCGCUUGUCAGCGUACAAACAUUACACUUAGCCAAAAAUCCUUUCAUUUGUGACUGUAAUUUGAAAUGGCUGUCGGAAUAUUUGCACAAUAAUCCUGGAAUAGAAACAAGUGGUGCACGAUGUGAAAACCCACGAAGAAUGAGCAACAAAAGAAUUGGACAAGUCAAACCCGUAAAGUUCAAGUGCAAAGGUUCUGAAGAAUACCGCACAAAACAAGCAGGACAGUGUAUCAUUGAUACGGAUUGUCCUGCGCAAUGUUUAUGUGAAGGCACUAUUAUUGACUGCUCUGCUAUCGGAUUAAAAGAGGUACCGGACGACAUUCCAGGAUUUGCCACAGAACUACGAUUGAACGACAAUGAAAUAACAAAGGUUUCAGCUACUGGUAUAUUUCUCAGACUUCCAGAACUAAGAAAAUUGGAUCUCCGCAACAAUAGAAUCAGUGUGAUUGAAGAUGGCGCUUUCAUUGGUGCUGUGAUGUUAUCUGACUUACUGUUAACAAAUAACAAGCUGAGCAAAGUUAAGGGAAGCAUGUUUGUUGGAGUUAGAAAUUUAAAAACAAUAAUGCUACGUAGUAACCAGAUCUCCUGCAUCAACAAUGAAACGUUCUCGGGUUUAACAAAAGUCAGACUGCUAUCAUUGUAUGACAAUCAGAUAAGGACUGUGAUGCCAGGUUCAUUUGAUAAUCUUAAAGAACUCUCCACUCUAAACCUGCUGUCCAAUCCGUUUAACUGUAACUGUCAUUUAGGAUGGCUAGCUGAUUGGUUGAAAUCACGUACUAUUGUUACGGGGAAUCCAAGAUGUCAGGCUCCUUCUCAUCUUCGAGAAAUACCAAUACAGGAUCUUAAAAAAUAUGACUUCAGUUGUGACAGUAACAAUGACAACAGUUGUCUACCGUCUCUUGCUUGUCCACGGAAUUGUGCGUGUUAUGGUACUGUGGUUCGAUGCAGUAAUAAACAACUGACUAACCCUCCAUAUAAUAUACCUAAUGAAACAACUGAACUCUAUCUGGAUGUCAAUAAAUUGAAGUCUAUUCCUGAUUUGUCACGCCUGAAAAACCUCCACACAAUUGAUUUGAGUAAUAAUGAUAUCACCACCAUCACGAACACUACCUUUGCAAACUUACCCAAGCUUGCAACAUUAAUCCUAAGCUACAACCAUAUUGGCUGUAUACCUCCUGGUACAUUCAGAGGUCUCCAUUCCCUGCGCAUAUUAUCUCUCCAUGGUAACGACAUCUCUACUCUUCCAUCAGGAGCAUUCGAUGAACUAGAGUCGCUUUCGCAUAUUGCCCUUGGUGCCAAUCCACUUUACUGUGAUUGUAGUUUGAGAUGGUUGUCAGACUGGGUAAAAUCUGGUUUCAAGGAGCCAGGUAUUGCACGAUGUUCUGGUCCAUACAAUUUGCAAGAAAAGCUUCUUUUGACAGCACCAACAAGAAAGUUUGAAUGUAAUGAGAUCCCUGACCUGUCAAUUCUUGCUAAGUGUAAUCCGUGUUUAGCUGAGCCGUGUUUAAAUGAUGGUGAAUGUCACAAUGGUGAAUAUGCUGGAUAUAUAUGUAAAUGUGCCAGUGGGUUCAAAGGUCAGAACUGUGAGGAAGAGAUCAAUGAAUGUGAUAAUGAACCCUGUAAAAAUGGAGCUACAUGCUACAAACAAAAAAAAGAUUUCAGCUGCGAAUGUCCAAUAGGUUUUGUUGGUGAUUUCUGUGAAGAUAAUAUAAAUGAUUGUUUAUUAAAUAAUUGUAUGAAUAAUGCCACAUGUAUUGAUGCAGUUAAUAACUAUACUUGUCAGUGUUCACCUGGAUUUACUGGUGUUUUCUGUGAAACUGAUAUCAAUUUCUGUGAGCUAUUCAUCAAUCCAUGUAAAAAUGGAGGUACAUGUGUUGACCUUGUUAAUGAAUACAGAUGUGACUGUCCAGAAGGAUAUGUAGAUGUACAUUGUAGCUCUACCAACCAGAACUGUAAAGACGUCAAAUGUCAGAAUGGUGGAACGUGUGUGGAUGAUGAAAAGGAAGACUAUACGUGUAAAUGUCCGUCUGGAUUCAACGGGCCACACUGCGAGUACUCACCGAGGGUGUUCAGUCAGCAUACCAGUCCAUGUCAGUACCAAGACUGUAAAAAUAACGGACAAUGUUACUACAAUAAUGUUACAGGUAACUAUGGUUGCAACUGUUUACCUGGUUUCCAUGGUGAUAAAUGUGAGAUGAUCAUCAGCGUAACCUUCACGCAGAAGGAUUCUUACGUACAGUAUCAUAAAUUGGAGAAUAAACCUAAAGCCAAUAUUACAAUGGUAUUUGCUACGAGACAAGAAAAUGGAAUUCUGUUUUAUAAUGGAUUAAUGGAUCACAUUGCGGUUGAGUUAUUCUACGGACGUGUUCGUGUAAGCUACGAUGUCGGUAACUACCCUGUCUCCACUAUGUUCAGUUAUGAAAAGAUCAACGAUGGUAAUUUUCACUCGUUGGAAAUAUUGGCCGUGAAACAGAACAUAACAAUGCGUGUCGACGAUGGCAAUCCAAAUACAGCAACCAAUAAAGGGGACAAUGAAUAUUUAAAUGUGGAAACUCCACUUUACAUCGGUGGACUGCCGGAAGAAGUAAUCAAAGGGCCUGCUGUUAGGCUUGUACAUGUAAGGAAUGGAACUAGUUUUAAUGGUUGUAUGAGGACUGUUUUAUUGAACGGCGAGUACCUGGAUUACACCAAAAGUGAAGAGAUGCAAGGCAUAGCCCCAGGAUGUCCAACUUAUGACAAACCUGAUCCGUGUAUCAUGCAUAUGUGUAAACAAGGUUUCUGUCGAGCUCUGGACACGUAUAGCUACGUGUGUGACUGUUUAGAUGGGUGGAUGGGUGCAAAAUGUGAUAAUCCUACAACCUGUGUUGGGCAGCAUUACCGUGAAGUUAUUGAAGAUGAGGAUGGAUGCAAGAGUAGGCGUCUUAUUGAAAACAUGCGAUGCGCAGGAGAAUGUGGCAACUCCUGCUGUCGACCGCAGCGUGUGCGCCGACGGAAGGUUACGCUCCAGUGUGAAGAUGGAACCAGUCGGAGCAAGCAAAUUGAUGUGACAAAGACGUGUGCUUGUCAGUGGUGCGGCGACUUAACAUAA